AUGUUGUUGAACACUGAACGCACAGAUAAAAUGGAGUUAAAACUAGAUGUUGUGCCUUCAACUCCAGUGUUAAAAUGGAAGAAAAUUCUUGAUCCUAUUGGACCUCAACCGAGGCCUCGCCAUGGGCACAGAGCAGUCGCUAUUAAAGAUCUUUUAAUUGUUUUCGGUGGUGGAAAUGAAGGAAUAGUAGAUGAACUACAUGUUUACAAUGCAGCCAAUAACCAAUGGUUUAUACCUCAGACUUCUGGUGAUAUACCCCCUGGGUGUGCUGCAUAUGGUUUAGUUGUUGAUAAUACUAGAUUAUUAAUUUUUGGAGGUAUGGUUGAAUAUGGAAAGUAUUCAAAUGAACUAUAUGAACUACAAGCAAGUCGGUGGCAUUGGAGUAAGCUCCAACCUAGACCUCCCCUUUAUCAUAUGUCACCUUGCCCACGGCUUGGCCAUAGUUUCACAUUGAUAGGUAAUAAAGUUUACCUAUUCGGAGGGUUAGCUAAUGACAGCAAUGACCCAAAAAAUAACAUACCACGUUAUUUAAAUGAUCUAUAUACAUUAGAUAUAUCUUCACCAGACGCCUUAGCCUGGGAUAUACCAGAAACAGUAGGCGAUUUUCCACCUCCUCGAGAAUCCCACACAGCAGUAGCAUAUACUGACUCGAGAGGAAAAUGUAAACUUAUCAUUUAUGGUGGUAUGAGUGGUUGUCGACUGGGAGAUCUUUGGACAUUAGACAUAGAUACCAUGUCAUGGAAUAGACCUAUUGUUUUGGGUCCUAAACCUCUACCAAGAUCUUUGCACACAGCAGUGACAAUAAAAAAUAGAAUGUUUGUUUUUGGUGGUUGGGUUCCAUUUGUAGAAGAAGUCAAGUUACCUAUACAUGAAAAAGAAUGGAAAUGUACGAAUCAAUUAGCUUGUCUAAAUUUAGAAACAAUGACAUGGGAGGAACUAAACAUGGAUAUGAAUGAAGAUAAUAUGCCUAGAGCUAGAGCAGGUCAUUGUGCUGCAAAUAUACAAACAAGAAUGUAUGUGUGGUCUGGCCGAGACGGAUAUAGAAAAGCAUGGAAUAAUCAGGUUUGUUGUAAAGAUUUAUGGUAUUUAGAAGUAGAUAAACCACAAAAGUGCGCUAAAAAUCAGUUGGUUCGUGCGUCUACUAAUGCCCUAGAGAUUGUAUGGAAUAGUGUACCGACUGCAGACGCUUAUAUCUUACAAAUUCAAAAGUAUGAUCAGCCAGCUGAUACUGCAGCUCCAACUCCACCAACAAUGAUUGAUUAUUCAUUGUUACCAUUUUUGACACCAGAAUUGGCUAAGAAAAAUACUGAUAGUGAUGAUUGUCAAAUUUUACCUACUACCAGUACUAAAGCUGGUAGUCCUGCCAAACCAAAUCAAAUUAUACAAAUAUUACCCCAAAGUUCUACUGUUAACUCCUCUUUAGUAAAAGAUCAACAGUUCACUCCUGUUAUUGCUCAAGCAUCUGGAAACAUGAAAAUAAAAACUGUUCAAAGCACUAAUGUUACACCAUCGUUACCACAAAAUUUUAAGGCAGUAAGUCCUGUAACACCAAAGACACCUGCAUUUGUCAGUUCUCCUUCAAUGGACAUGCUAUCAGAUGCUGCCAUGCAUACUCUUGCUGCUGCUGCAUCGGCUACCCAAAAGAUCAAAACCACUGUAGUAGUUUCUAAACAAUCAGAACUUCCAAAACCUGUGAUUAAGACUUCGAGUGCACCAUUUAAAAUUGUCCAAACACAAAGGUCAAUAAAAAACGUUAUAUCACCUGUAAACACUACAGUGCCACAACAACAAGCAGUUCGUAUAACCGGACCAGCUUUACAAACUUCUGUUGCUGGUACAGUUCUUAAAACUGGAUCUAAUGUUUUUGGAAAGCAAGUAAUUUUCCAAAAACCGGGCGGUUCACAAUCAAAUUUUGUUACCUUAGUUAAGACCAGCCAAGGUAAUCUCAUACAAGGUAUUCCAGGAAAGAUGAUUGGAACAACUACACCAAAUAAAAAUAUGCAACCAUCUGUUCUUAAGUUCAUCAAUCCUCCAAUAAAUCAACAGAGUAGUCCUAUAAAAUCAAAUCAAACAAUGAAAACAGUACCAUUAAAAACGGUUGGAGCAAGACUACCAGUUGCUGCCAAUAAACCAACUAUUGUUAUUCAAAAAAGUAACUCAAAUCGAUCAGCAUCCCCACAAAUCAUCAUUGUGACAACUGGUUCGAAUCUCAGGGGCAUACAGACUUUUUCAGCCUCUCAAGCUAAUAUGACCAAUCGUACCAGUGUAAGUAAUUCACCUGUUCAAAUGGUAAUGGUAUCAUCAGGUGGCAAUACACCAACAGGAAGUAAACCUAUUACAAUUACUAUGGCUGGAGCUGCUGGUAAUCGUAAAAUGGUCACACUAGGUAAAUCAAAUUUAACUGGUAUGACAAUAGGCGGUAAGCCUGUAACCCUUCAAAUGGUUAGUGGACAAAAUAAUAUUUCUAUCUUAACUUCAAAUUCCGGUGGUAAUGUUGUCCAGCUGAAGAACACGAAUAUUGUGAAUACACCCAGUACACCUAGAUCUACUGCAAUCAAUUCCAAAGUACCGUCCUCUGUUAAGCUAUCCUCUGAUUUACCAGCUAGCACAGAAUCUGCACUGACUCAAUUAGCUGUGGAAGCAGGCAUUAUCGAAUCGUCCAAUAAAAGUAGUAAUGACAUGGAAGAAUCAACCGAUUAUACAAAGGAACAAUUGGAAAAUUUGAUUCGGGAAGAAGGAAUUGAGAGUCUUGAUGUUGAUAUGAACAGCAUGGAGGACGGUUCCAAUGUUAUUGACUGA